AUGAAGAAGUUUUCCAGAAUGCCAAAGUCCGAGAGCGGCGGGCUCGGGGGAGCGUCCGGCUCCAGCUCCAGCUCCGGAGUCAGCAGCUACUUCGGCAAAGUGUUUGCAGUCGGUCGCUAUCAAGUCACCGUGGAAGAGCUUAUUGCUGAAGGAGGCUUCUCAGUGGUGUUCCUGGCCCGUACACACAGCGGGGUCCGCUGUGCCCUCAAAAGGAUGUACGUCAACAACGUGCCAGACCUAAACGUCUACAAGAGAGAGAUCACCAUCAUAAAGGAGCUGUCGGGCCAUAAGAACAUUGUCGGGUACCUGGACUCCACAAUCAACUCCGUUUCAGACAGUGUUUGGGAAGUUCUGAUCCUCAUGGAGUACUGUAAAGCGGGUCAGGUGGUAAAGCAGAUGAACCAGCGGUUAAAUGUGGGCUUCAGUGAGGCCGAGGUCCUCCAGAUAUUUUGCGACACCUGCGAAGCUGUGGCUCGCCUUCACCAAUGCAAGACGCCCAUCAUCCACAGAGACCUAAAGGUUGAAAAUAUCUUGUUGAACGACCAGGGAAGUUACGUGCUGUGUGACUUUGGAAGUGCCACUCACAAAGUUUUGUUGCCCCCAAAAGAUGGAGUGACAGCAGUGGAGGAUGAGAUCAAGAAGUACACAACCCUUUCAUAUCGGGCACCAGAGAUGAUUAACUUGUACGGAGGAAAACCGAUCACCACUAAGGCUGAUAUAUGGGCACUUGGAUGCUUGUUGUACAAGCUGUGUUUCUUCACACUUCCAUUUGGGGAGAGUCAAGUUGCCAUAUGUGAUGGAACCUUUAUUGUUCCCGAUAACUCCAAAUUCUCCUUCAAGUUGCACUGUUUAAUCAGAUAUAUGCUCGAGCCAGACCAGGAGAAGAGACCAGACAUUUACCAAGUGUCCCACUUUGCCUUCAGAAUAGCUGGAAGAGAAUGUCCAGUGCCAAACCUCUUUAACUCUCCCAUCCCUACGUCGCUUCCUGAGCCACUAACAGCGACUGAGGUUGCUGCUAAGAAAAGUAUGACAAAAGCCAGAAUAACAGACUCCGUGGGCCCAACAGAAACAUCGAUUGCUCCUAGACAGAGACCAAAAGCUCCAAAUAGUAACAUCCUGCCUCUCACUAACACUGUCACCCCCGUAAAGAUGACUGUGACUUCAGCACCUGUCAGCAAUGGCCAGAAAGCUCCCACGCCCGGCUCGGCAAAGCCAUCCAUGCCGGUCCAACCCAGCGGCCAGCAGCACAGAGUCCUGCAGCAGCUGCAGCCCGGUGACCUGCGUCUACAGCAGCUUCAGCAGCAACAGGCUGUGCAGCAGCAGCACCCCAACGCACAGCAACUCCAAUACCUCCAGUACCAACAGGCGGUGCAGCAGUCCCUCCAGCUCCAGCAGCAGCAGGCUCUGCUUCAGCAGCAGCAGAUGAUGAUGCAGCCCAUGUAUCAACAGCAGGUUGCCCAGGCUCAGGCUCAGGCUCACUACGCUGCCAUGCUGCACCAGUACCAACAGGCUUUUGUCCAGCAGCAGCAGCAUCAGCAGCAUCAUCAGCCGCCGCCGCAGCACGCUCAGCAGCCUCUCCCCUAUAUGUCCUCCCCUCUUGAGUUCCAGAUUCCCCUGGGUUCCUUUAAUUCCACCACUCCCACAGCUGGAGCUGGAGCUGGAAGUGGAGCUAGCCAGAUAAGGGGACCAUCACCUGUGGACCCCAGCAGUAGAAACCCUCUGCUUAUCACAGAUGGAAUCAGCACACCCUGCAAGGGAAGCAGCAGCACCAUCAGUCACCCACCCGACAUGUCGGGCUGGAACCCUUUCGGCGAGGACAACUUCUCUAAAUUAACUGAGGAAGAGCUGAUCAAUCGGGAGUUUGACAUGCUCAGAGCAAAAAAGCCCGUGGAGAGGACAGCUAGUGUCGAAACAGACCAACUGCCGCCUGCUGAUUGCACUACCAAGUCCCUUCCACCAGAGGAUCUGUUUGGCUCUGUCAUCUCUUCCCUCCUGUUCUCCAGUUCCGAUGCGAUGAAGAGCGAGGGGAGCGUGGAGGAGGCCGCUAAUGCUUCCGUCCGGGCCUCCGUGGAGGAAACACCGCUGGCUGUGUUGAAGGAGCACAAACUGGUAAGGAAGAGCAACGAGAGGCCCGGCGAGGAGUCCGACAGCGACUUCGAGUCCGACCCCCCGUCCCCGAAGAGCAGCGAGGAGGAGGAGCCGGAGGAGGAGGAGGAGGCCCUGAACAGCGAACACGGCGAGGACACGGAACCGGAGAAUUUGGGCCAGAGGCCCCUGCUGAUGGACUCCGAGGAGGAGGACGAAGACAAGCGCAGCUCCGAUUCCGACUCCGGGACACGCUCGAGAAAGGAAGCGCGCCCUAAAGGAGUUGCCUCCGCUCCUCCCGGGAGUCCCCCGGGGGAUUACGACCCGGUCACGGACGCGUUCGGUGCCGUCCCCUUCCCCGUGGAGCCCUCCGAGAGCGCCGACAUUUUCGCCAAAGCGCCUUUCGGGCAGGCCGGCGGCGCAGACGAGCCGGACGUCUUCACCAAAGCGCCGUUCGGCCGGAACCUCUCCAAGCCGGGCGCGACGCCCACCCCCGCCGUCGUCUCCUCCCCGGACGCCGCCGACGUCUUCGGGUUCUCUCCUUUCGGGCCGGCGCCCCAGACCUCCUGGAGCGCCGAGGACAUCUUCCGCUCGUCCUUCGAGGAGCCAGCCGGCCCCCAGCAGCAGCGGCUGAAGCAGCGGAGCCUCCAGAGGCUAUCGUCCCGCCAGAGGAAGAGCAAACAGGAAGCGGCGUCGGGCGCCAACGGCAAGCGGCACCACGGAACCCCGACCGGAGGCCGCAAGGGCGGCAAGACGGCCUACCGCACGCCGGAGAGAGCCCGCAGGCACAAGAAGGUCGGCCGCAGAGACUCGCAGAGCAGCAACGAGUUUCGGAUUACCUCCGACUCGAAAGAGAACAUCAGCGUGGACAUGGCCGUGGCGGACGGGAAGGACCGGGGGGCGUCCAUGCCGGCGGACGACGCGCUCUUAGACGUGUUCGGGGCCAAGCCCUUCCACCCCCAGGACGGCGGCCGCCACGGCCACUUCCGGAGCCUCGACGACCACAAGAACGACCACAAAAACGACCCGACAGCGACCAGCGGGAAGACCCGGAGCGGCUCCCUCCACGGCGGCCUCGGAGAAACCAGAAUCACGGACGACUUCGGGGCCGUGCCCUUCGAGGAGCAGGUGGUCCACAGCGGCCCCCAGCAACAGGGGCCCCCACAGACCGUGGACCUCGACCCUUUCGGAGCGGCGCCGUUUCCCUCGAAGCAGUAA